AUGGCGUCAUCAUCAAGAGCGCCGAUGAGUUACGCCGAGGCAGCUCAGUGGAAGGUAAAUCCGGCGUCGGGUCACGGUUGCGAAGAGAUUUAUGUCGUCGGAGAAGGUGAAACGCUGCACACUAUCAGCGAAAAGUGCGGCGACCCGUUUAUCGUCGAAGAAAACCCGCAUAUCCAUGACCCGGAUGAUGUAUUCCCUGGACUGGUCAUCAAAAUCACCCCUUUCGGUCCCCGUAACUAG